AUGGAUUCUGAGAGCCCGAAAUGGACGACGGUGAAGAGCGGCAAGGGUAAGAAGGCGUCGUCGAGCGACGCCGGCGGCGACGGCGCGGCGAAAACAAUUCGAGCCGCGACCGCCGGCAAGCCGACGCCGCCGAUGGAGCCCGCGGGCGGGGUGAUCGACCCCGACGCGUCCGCGUUCUCCGCGCUGGACGCGCUCACGGCGAAGCAAGAGAAGGCCGCCGCGGCCGCCGCCGCCGCCGCGGCAGCCGCCGCGAGCUCGGAGGACGACGGCGAGGAGGAAGGGAAGACCGGCGGCGGCGACGACGGCGACGACGACGGCUUCAGCGUCGUGACGCGCAAGAAGAAGAAGCCGCCGGCGUCGGCGUCGUCGUCGUCCGCCUACGCCGCCGCGGACGCGCGCGGACAAGGCGUCGACGGCGCGUUCGGAUGGGCGCCGAUUCCGAUCCCCGGGCAGCCGAUGCCGAAGAAGCCCAAGGCGCCGAGGCCGCCGAAGACGUCGCUCCGCGCCGCCGCGAGCGCGAUCGACGCGACCGCGCUGACGACGUACCUGCGCGAGACGGAGCUGACGUACGUCAACUCCCCGGCGAUCCACCUGAUGCGGUUCGCGGACGACUUCCUCAGACGCGCGUUCGACGACGUCGAGCCCGUGGCGCUGAACAAGCUCGUGCUGGGGAGCAUGGCGGACGCGGGCGAGGACGGCGACGCCGCCAAGGCGCUCGCGACGGCCGCGGAGACGCCGACGAAGCAUCUCGACGCGUCCGUCGUCGACGUCGCGUCGCGGUGGCUCAAGACGAUGCCGGCGAGCGACGUCGCGGCGAUCGCGGCGGAGCUGCUCUCGCGCGUCGGGGAGCCAACGACCGGGACCGGGACCGGGACCGGGACCGGGACCGCGACCGCCGGGGGCGCCGCGCGCCCCGCGGCGCACGUCCUCGUCGCGCUCGCGCUGAUCCUCCGCGCGCGCCCGGGAGCGCUCAACGCGGCGGCGUCGAGGGACGUCGUCGCGAAGAGCAGGGCGCGACUCGACGCGUCGCUGACGCCCACCGCCGCGUGGGUCGUCGCGCAGGCGUGCGUCGGCGACGCCGUCGCCGGGUUCGGUCUGUGGGCGCACCUGCUGCUUCCCUCCGCGAUCGACGCCGGGAAACGCGUCGGCGCGUUCACCGGGAAGGGCGGCGUCGCGGACGAACGGCGCGAGACGGCGACGCGGAUGACGGCGGCGGUCGCGGCGUCGUUGACGCGAACGACGGCGGCGCGGCGGCGGUUGCGAUCCGCCGCGCUCGCCGCGUCGAUCGACACCGGGUUCCACCCGAGAUCGGUAGAUUUGCUCUAUCGCAACAUGAAGCACGUGGACGCGAGCGUCGCGCAGGUGAUCGGGCUCGCGAGCGAGGCGUGCGUCGGAUGCAACGGCGCCGCGCGAAUGGCCGCCGUCGCGGAGGCGCUGUGGCCCGUCGCGAUCGCGCAAGCCGUCGACGCGUCUGACGACGAGAAAGCAGCGCAGGCGCGGCUGCCGAAUCUCGACGGCGUGGACCCGCCCGUGGCGGCGGUCGGCGUCGACGCGCUCGUGUGGUGCUUGGGCGCGCUCGGCGACGCCGCGACGCUCGCGGAGCUUCCGACGUUGUGCGCGAAGCGCCCGAAGAUCGCGGCGGAGGCGCUGCGAAGAACGCUCGGCGUCGCGGAGGGGCGGGGCGCGACGACCGGCGGCGGCGUCGACGCGUUCGCCUCCACGCGACACGCGCUGAAGAAGAAAGGGAAACGAACGGCCAUCGCCGAGGCGUUACGAGCCGUGCGCGCGACGGCAAAGGACGAGAAGACGAAGGGCGGAAGUCGCGGAAAGUCGUGGAGCGAGCUCGACGACGCGGCGCGCGCGCUCGCGGCGAUCGUCGAGGACGAACGCACAACCGGCGCGCCGUCGACGAGAGAGGGGCUCUUCGGCGGCGCGAAGAACGCGCUCGCCGGCGCCGCGUUCGCGAUCGGCCGGGGGUACAAGACCGUCAAGAAGACGUGCGGAAAAACGGCGCAUUUCGUCUGGAUCUACCUCACGGUCAUACUGUGCGUGAUCGGCGUGUUGCUCGUGUACGCGAUGACGCCCGGGACGCCGGGGGGGAUGUGGAUCAUGAUGUGGUACCUCAAGUUUCUGCGCAGCGACUACGGCGCGUUCGUCAGGGCGGUCGCCGCGAGGUUGCCGUUCUGA